AUGGGCAACACCGAGACCUGCAUCCAGCCUGGCUUCAGGAUAGAAAAUGCUAAAGCUGCGCCGCUCGUGAAACUGAGAACACGUGAAGCAGAGACCGAGGUUGAGGAUGAUCCAGUGGUUCACAUUGAAGCAAUAGAUUUGUGGGAGCAAUUCCAUAAAUUUGGAACUGAAAUGGUGAUCACAAAAUCCGGAAGACGAAUGUUCCCACCAUUUAAAGUAAGAUGCUCUGGCUUUGACAAGAGAGCAAGUUAUAUUUUAUUAAUGGACAUUGUGGCAUCAGACGACUGCAGAUACAAAUUCCAAAACUCUCGCUGGAUGGUGGCUGGGAAAGCGGACCCAGAGAUGCCCAAGCGCAUGUACAUUCAUCCGGAUAGUCCAGCCACGGGAGAACACUGGAUGUCCAAAACAAUCAGUUUUCAUAAACUGAAGUUGACCAAUAAUAUGUCUGACAAGCAUGGAUUUACUAUUCUAAACUCUAUGCACAAGUAUCAGCCCAGGUUCCAUGUUGUGCGGGCAAAUGACAUCCUGAAACUUCCAUAUAGUACCUUCAGGACAUAUGUCUUUCCGGAGACAGAAUUUAUUGCUGUGACAGCAUAUCAAAACGACAAGAUAACGCAACUGAAGAUUGAUAACAAUCCAUUUGCAAAAGGAUUUCGUGACACUGGAAAUGGAAGAAGAGAGAAAAGGAAACAAUUAUUUUUGAAGACAGCGCGCCCUAAUGACCUUAAUUCCCCAAAAGAUAACGACGUCUCCACUGCAGCGGAUCGCACAAUAUCCACUUCUCCACAAACAAGAUAUGUGGUCACAUCCACGUUAAAAGAAGCUAGUGACAGCGAAGCUGAUAGCGAUGAAGAUGAAAAGGAUCUUACUGUCGAGGAUGGUGCAGACCCAUUUGAAGUAUCCACAAUCACAUACACCCCACAUUUAAAUAAUGAACAUUCAAAGGCUAAGCACGACGUCUGCACCCAAAGACUUCCGUUUGAGACAAACUUUGAGAAACACAAGGAGAGUCUUGAUAAUGAACCCAAAGCGGAGAAGUAUUGUCCCAUUAACGAGGGGGAAGAAUUCCAGAAAAAUCACCGGCAACAACCUCAUGUUAUUUUCACACCAGGGCCAAUGGAACAACAUUUUCUGAAUUCUCUUAACAAUACUAACAAUUUUUUAAUCCAUCCAACGCCCUUUUACUUUGGACGGAACGUUUCCAGUUUGAUCUCUGAGGGAAUGAGCACCUUGGACACAAACAGACAGUCACCUUCAUCCCAGGGAAGAAAUGUAACGUCAGGAUUACCCUUUUACGUUCAACAAUCGUCUUUGUCUUCACCACAGGGUCUAGGACUCCCUCCCUGCGCAAGCUUUCUACGUUACCCCUAUGUGGCUACCGCAGCUGUGGCCUCAUCCUGGGUACACCGACUUCACUUAAUGAAUACAUGGGGGCAUCGCCCAAGGAGCAAGCCCUAUUCUCUCCCAAUAAAAGUUCCCAGGAGCACUACUCCUGAUGCGAUUUAUAGAAAAUCUGACCUUAACUUGGAAGACUACACGAUGGGAAAAAUAUUGUUCCCUACACCAGUGGAAGGGGAUUCUAAUGUUCAGACGGCGCCUGCAGUGCAAUCUCCAGACUAUGUUUCAAAGUGAAACUUUAGAGUGGAACUGUAAUGUUAUUGCAGUGUAUAGCCUAAUGUGUUACAAUAAGGCUUUGUGUAUAAUCUAAUCUGUCAUCGCCAAAUUGUAAACAUGGUUUAAAUGUGGUUUCCCUUAGAUGUUUUGGUAAUUUGUGAAAAUGAAUGAAAACGAAUGACAUCAAAACUUCAGGAAUGAAAUGGAAUGCCUCAAGUAAUGCGAAAUAGGCUACCUCGUACCAGUAGGCCUGACUUCAACAUCAUUGAAAAACAGAUAGCCUACACUUAGCUAUAUGGUCUAGAGUAGACGAUUUUUUUGUUGGAUGUAGGCUAUUUCUUCUUUAUUUUUACUUCAGAAUUUUCUUCAGGCUCUUUUUUUGUAAAUGUUCACACCGUCUGAAACCACUGUAUUUAAUACAAUCAUGUAGACCUAUGUAACUUAAAAGCAAAUAUUAGAUAGGCUAACUGAGCCUAUUCCACGCGGGGUCCUCCUAUUCUAAUCAACAUGAAUAGGUUUAUUAUGUGUAGGUCUAUAUUUUGUUCUGAUCGAAGUCCACUAUUACUACACUUAAUUAAUUAAAUGAGAAUAUAGGGAGGCUUAUUUGUUUUAACUAUGUUGCACCAGAUUGCUGCUCUUGCUGGAUGUUUGAACUUCUGCUGGGACUAAAAAAUAGGCCUAUUGUAGCCUGUCAAAACAUAUUUUUGUUACUGAUAAUUUACCUUGGAAAUGUAUCUUAAAAGUAAGAAUUAAGUACAAAGUUAAAAGUUGCAACGCUCAAUUAGCCUAAAGUUGGAGUCUU